UUGGUUUUCAUACAAAUACAAAAAUAUUUUCUUUUUUACAUUUGUAACUGUUUCGAAAAUUGCACAAAAUCUUGUCUCUUUCUUUUGCUUUUACCAUGCAGCGCAAACGUGUAAAACAAUUGAUACAAAAAUUCGAAAUGUUGCAAAUGCCACAGGCGGCGUCGGCGGCGGCGGCGUCGGGCGACGCAAAGCAACGCAUCGAAUGGACCUCAAUGCUAUGCGGCCGUGUGGCACAGACUGUGGCCAAGUUUGAGGGCUCAGCGCCAUGGGCAGAGCUGAGCGAGGCCGAAGACCAACUGACGCUGAAGUCAAGCAAAGAGGUUUUGACAAAGCGCGAGCCGCUCAGCUGUGACUACUACUCGCCAACAACAAGUUAUCAUGAGUUUAAAAGCUGCAACAUGCGAGUGUCACAAAUGCUGCGUCCUUGCAACAGUUGCCGCUGGUAAAUAAACGCGACUGCGUGUAAACUAUUUGGGUGUGUAAAGUGUACAAAUUUUAAGAUUUUAAAACAAAUAUAUAAAAUGCAGCAAUGCGCAAA